CGCACAGCAAGCGGCAAACUGCCUAACUUGUAUUGGAUGUAUAGAUAAUGAUAUUAUGCAAUUCCAAGUUAUUGUUGUACAUAAUCUAACCUUGCUUGGUUGUAAUAGUUAUUACAAACUGAAUAAGCAUUAUUUUAAACUUAUAAGUUUCAUUUCAUUGUUUUCUAUGUAAUAUAUACCUACGUUAUAUUAUAAUAUGACUAAUAGUAACUGCUAGUUACUACUACUACUAGUAGUGGUACUAGUCAUUAUGGUGGAGUCAAUCUUUGAUUAUCAGUUUCGAAUUAUUUUGAUUGGCGAUAGUAUGGUGGGAAAAAGCACUUUGCUGAGAGCAUUUACCGAAGGAAAAUUCACUGAAGUAUUGGAUCCAACAGUUGGCGUGGAUUUUUUUUCCCGUCUUGUAGAAAUAAAAAAUGGUGUUAGGGUUAAGCUUCAACUCUGGGACACAGCUGGGCAAGAGAGAUUCAGGUCUAUUACACGUUCGUAUUAUCGAAAUUCAGUAGGAGCACUGCUCCUGUAUGACAUCACAAGACGAGCUAGUUUUGAACACCUUGUGGACUGGCUAUUUGAUGCCACUAAGCAUAUUGAACCUAGGAGAGCUAUUUAUCAAGUUGUAGCGUGUAAAACUGAUAUAGAAGAUUUGAGAGAAGUGAGCUCUGAAGAAGGCAAAGCAUUUGCAGAAUUUUAUGGUGUUCAUUUCAUAGAGACCUCUGCUAAGACAGGUAAAAAUGUGGAAGAAGCUUUUCGUCUCAUAGCUCAAGAUGUAUAUGAAAAGAUUCAGAGUGGUGUAUUCAAGAUUCAAAAUGGCUGGGAUGGUAUAAAAGUGGGAUUUGCAAAUCCUAGAGCACAUUUCCAAAUAGAAGAGGGUGAAAUUGAAAGUGGAAGUUGUUGUUAAAAUGGUAAAUAUAUGUAAUUUUUUUUUUAUUUCAGAACAUUUGCAAAUAUCAUUUUGAUUUUUACAAGUUCUUGUCAUACUUAAAAGACCAAAUUUAGUGAGACUCCUACCUUGGCAAAUAUGUAAUGAGAAAGAUAAUUAGUCUUUUAAGUAAGAUCUGUGAACCUCUGGACAAAUAUGGGGUUAUAUGAGCUAUAUCAGACUAAAAUAUUAAAGUUAAAAUCAAUUUAAGUUCUAACUGUUUAAAAGUUUGUUUUUCAAAGAGUUUGAUGUAUUGGUUAUAGAAUACACAUGCCUAUUAGAUAACUUAUAAAUUGUUCUCCACAUUAGUUUUUAAUAUAUCUAGAGUAUAUAGAUUUAAUAUUUAAUUGUGUAAUAUAUUAAAUAGUUUUUAAAGAACUUUAAUCAUGGAAAAAAUAUAAAGUUGUGGGUUUAAUUAAUAUCUAAAUAAGCAUGAAUGCUUAAGAUUAUGCUUUUGUAAUAUUGAAGUUGCAUGUAUGUAUUUAUAUAGGAUGCGGUGUUUAAGACUGUGAUAAAACAUUUAAUAAUUCCCUUUUACAAAAAUGAUAAAAAAACAACCUGAUAGAAUGAAAUAAUCAAGUACCUAUUUGAGUUUUGUUCCAUUCACAAGAAACAGAAAAUAAUUAAUUCAAGUAAUUGUUAUAUUCAAUGUUUUAUUGUAGUGUAUAGUUUACCAUAAAUUUAUGCAUAUACAUCUUUCAUUAUUUUAUUCUUGUCUUGUACUCAUUGCAGCAAUCAAUUUAAAUUAUCCGAUAUGUCAUAGUCUGCUAUUUUGUGUGCUUGUGCAUCAUCAUUGAUUUGGAAAUUUAUAUUAUUUACAUAUUAAAGGCUUUUUGCUGUCUAGCAUUUUUGUGGACUUUGGUAUGUGUGUUUGUGUUUUAGGCAGUAUUUAUGAGGAUUCUUAGAAGUACUUAACAAAGUGUUUUAGCAAAAGAAAUGUGUAGGUUUCUGACUACACUGUAAAAGAGUAAUGUAUUUCACUACUGAACAUGUUUCUCCAUUCUGGAUGAUAUCUGAUAAUUUAUUUUUACAAUGUAUGUAUUUCCUUACCUCAGAUUUGAAUGUGAGACCUGUCAUACACCACCUAGCACUUGCUAGUAAGUCACUUUUUAAGAACUCAAAUGAAUACAGAUAUAACUGUAUGUACCUGUAACCUUAUUCAUUUGUAGUAGUUGAAGAAAAAUUUUCAAAUUUCUAACACAAGUCUUCAUUUGAAUGUCAUAAAGGUGUGUAUUAGAUGCUGAAAAGUUGAUUUCUAAAUUGUCAUAGGAAAAUAGAGCUUGUUACUCCAACCAAAAUUAAUCAUUUUCUACAACUUAUUACAUACUUGUAAAGAAAUUGUUACUUGAUCUUCACAAUGUUAUGAAAAUAUAUCAGUUCAGCAUACUUUUUUGUGUGUGUGACAAAAUGAUGUUUGUUUUUAAAUAACAUUAAAUGCCACCAGUAUUGUUAAAUAAUAUUUAUUAAAGUUCUAUCAAAAAUCAUUCGUAUUUUUCCCAUAUUCGUAAGAAUUUGCAUUUAUCUUCAGAAUAUUUAUUCUUACUUUAGAAACUAGUCAAAAAUGAGAAAAAAAAUAUUUUGUUAUAGAAUAAUUUUGUUAACCAUAAGAAAACUCAACUAAAAAAAUUUAAACUGAUACAUACUAUAAAAAAAAGUUUAGACUUCUUAUAUGAGACUAUUCUUAAAAGGGUAUUUAUUACCUUUUUUUUUUAACAUCCAUUGACGUUAUGGUAUUAACUUUUAUUUCAGACUUCCAUGUGCAUUUCUAGUGUACUAUUGUGGCUCAUGUUACCUUCUUGUGCAAAUAUUAUAUGUUUAAGAAAAUACAAAAUUUAUUUGAAAUAACAAAAAUAGUAUUUACCACUUGAAUAAUUAGUUGUUCAGCAUUAAUCUUACUACAUCUUUUUUUUGUUGGUUUACAGUAGGUUGGACCAUGAGUAGAUAUGUUGCUAAUAAUAGGUCUGAAAGUGAGAAUAUAUCAUUUCUCUGAAAUACUACUUUGUUUCACUAAGAGGCACAAUAUACUAUAUUAAAUGUUAUUUUUACUAAACUUGUCUGUAAGUAUUUGUAGGUAUUCAAGUCUCCAUCAUGCAGGUUAAAUUCAUCAAUUACAAUGUAUUCAAUUUUUUCAGUAUACUUGUAUUAAUCAUUAAAUAUAUUAAAGCAUCUAAAAAAAUAAAGAUAAAAAA